CUUUCAGCAAUAAUUUCGUCGUAUAUAUGGAGGUGGGAAGGGCAGAUACAGGGGAAAAAACUAAAUACAGCUCCACAGUUGAAAGAAUGGGAGAAAAAAAUACAUAUUCCUUUUCUAUCGAGAUGCUCUCAAAAGAAGCUGAAAAUGGGGUGAGAUUCCAUUCAAGAUGAGGUCAAGUAAAAGAUUUGUGCUUUGCUAAAGGUAAUCUCCUAGCAUGGAAGUAACCUCGAAAACUAUUGGGUUUUUCUUGUGUUUUUGUUUGGAUGGAAUCAAGUUUCAGAGGGUCCCACUGGAUGACAUGUAAAGUUAAACAGAAACCCUUAGAUGAAUCAAUUGCAUUUGCAGUGGAGCUCCGUAUUAAUGUGAGUGGAAAAAAUAAACCCUGAUUGAGAAAGGGUGGCUGUCCUUUUUUUUGUAGGCUGUCCUUGUAGACUGCAAGAAAAAAUACCCACUUGAGAUGAAGGGAUUGCAGUGGGGUGUUAAGAGUAACAAUGAUUUGGAGGACAUAUGUUUGGCUAUAAAGACUAUUCAUGCAUGGAUGUGUUUGAUCAGAAGAAAAGUGGCGGUGGGUUCCAAGUUCUGAGAUAUGAAGAGAUCUCUGUUGAUUAUUUGUGUUUUCUUAAUAGCUGUGCUGGCGCCCUGUCGGUCUACAGUCUUUGCUGCUCCUCCAGGCAUUGUUGGCGGCCCAUUAUCUGCUCUGCUCAAGUGGGUAUGGAGUACACCGGCCGUUAUUUCUAAAACUGACCGGAGCUUUCUUCAGUUUGAAAGUGGGUACGUAGUGGAAACGGUUCUUGAAGGAAGUAAGCUUGGUAUUGACCCAUAUACCAUUGAGGUUUCUCCGGAUGGUGAAUUGCUUAUUCUAGAUUCGGACAACAGCAACAUCCAUCGGUUAACUCCUCCGUUAUCACGUUAUAGCAGGGCCAGAUUAGUAGCAGGCUCCACACAAGGAUACUCAGGCCAUGUUGAUGGAAAACCUAAAGAUGCUCGCUUCAAUCAUCCAAAAGGUUUCACAGUCGAUGACAGAGGGAAUAUCUACAUUGCAGAUACCGUGAAUUUGGCUAUUAGGAAGAUUGGGCAAGAAGGUGUAACGACUAUUGCUGGAGGUAGGUCGAAUAAAGCUGGUCAUGUUGAUGGCCCCAGUGAAGGUGCCAAGUUUUCAAGUGAUUUUGAUGUGGUUUAUGUGAGCAGUACAUGUUCACUGUUGGUUGUUGAUAGGGGCAACCAGGCUAUUCGUGAGAUUUCCCUCCAGUAUGAUGAUUGUGCAUAUAAUUAUGCCGCAAGCUAUCCCUCAGGCAUUCUUAUGGUUGCUGGUGCACUCUCGGUGGGAUAUAUUUUUGGCUUGCUUCAACAUCAAGGAUUUGGAAGCAUCACUUUUGGGAGAAGGGCAAGGCAGGAUAAGCCAUCCAAAAAAAAAUUGCCCAGUCCUAUCAAGACAGACCGACCUUCUCUUAUCCCUGUUGAGGGACAAUCUGAAAAUGUUGAUGCUGGUUGGAUGUCCUUUGGGAAAUUUAUUUGGGAUCUCUUCAAAUUUGUGGUGGAAAUUAUUGGUAGUAUCUUCACUUCUAUAAGUAAUUUUAUUCUAAGAAAAAACCCUCAAAAGAAAGGGGAUUUAUGGCCAUUACAUGAUACCAUCCCCAUUCCAGAUGAUGAUGUUGAGCCUCGACCAAUAUCCAGGAAUCGUCAAGAUAAAGGAGAUUUGUGGCCAGAUAGGGAUUCUCUUCCGAUUCCAGAUGAUGAUUAUAAGUCUAAAGUGGACCCAAUUUGGAAAAAUUCAGUUCCUUUUGAAGAUUCAGAUGAUCAUAAUCCCAAACCUGAGCCAUUGAAAGUUCAAAAUCUUCGAUUGCGAUCCACCAAAGACAGUAAAGGUGUUUCCAGUUAUAAAGAGUUCAAGUUCUAUAAUAACUACAAACGUGGUGAUAAGGAUGAUCAAAGCCAUCCACGAUCAUUGAGACACCGGUCAUCUGCCCCUCAGACUCAUUAUGACAAGCCACGUAAUUCAAGCAGUGAAGUGGUGUUUGGAGCAGCACAAGGAAACAAGGCAAAAAAUGAAGCUGUAGAUAUUAAGCCUGUUGAUUAUGGUGAUCCUAUGUAUGACCAUUACAACAUCAGGAACCGAGGUGGGUAUGGCAAUCUUUUUGAUUUCUGAUUUACCAGUACCAGAUAUUCUUUCACAAUAACAUCCUCUAUAUGCAAUUUUCUGAGCAAUACAACAAACAAAUGGAAGUUUUAGGGGAGGAUGCUAUAAAAGAGAGAACGAAUGGGAAGGAAACCUUCUCCGAAGAUACAGCAAAUGUUACUGAUGUUGGUUCUCAGGGAUAAUUGGAGCUUCACGGCUUCUAGCUGCCUGUCAAGUCCAUUUACAGAAGGUCUAGGUUUCAAGUGGUACUAAGGAGGGCUGUGUGUUUAGACCUAUAAGUAAUUAUUCUCAGCCAUGUACUUAUUUGCCAUCCUCUUGCUGUUUAGAUGCUGUUGGUUUAGUGUUCUGCCAUUGGUUAACAGCUUUGGUGCUGACGGACUCUUUGUUAGUUCAGAUUUGUUGUUUGUCUGUAGUUUGAUGGACUACAUUGCUGAAUCUGAACUUUCUUUGUAUAAGCGUCUAGGCCCUUGAAAAAACCCACCUUCACCCUCUAAUAAAAGAAAACAAACCAAUGGGUGUUUUGAAAUUGGAUUUGGAUUGAAAUGAACUAAGCAGCCCCAUCUUCAUGAUUAUAUUUGGGUUGCACAACCAUUCCAAAUUUGUAUUUCAAUCCAUUGUGCCUAUAGUGGUGGUCUGUUCUCUCCAUAUUAAUCCAGUUUUUUGUGUUCUGGUGGUUGGGAUUGGAUCUCAACCUCAGUGUUUCCAUCAUUGUCUAAUUCUACUACUUAAUGUAAUAUAUAUAUAAGAAAUCAAAUUGCAGGUCAAUACUUUAAAUUGGA